AUGGUCCAAGUUCAAAAGAUCUCAGAACGGCAUUUUCUGCGAUCAACAUUGGGAGAUCCAAAUUACACAGACUACAAAACAGUAGGUCGAAUAACACACACACCGUACCACUUACAUUCAUGUUUAUUAUUUGAUGCACCUCGCCGAUGCUCAUCAUUAUCUUAUCAACAUCCUAUUAUUAAUAUAAUUGAAAUUGAACCAACAUCUUCUGCAAUAUCCAAAACAAUUGAUAAAUUACUUGAUCAUAUUCAAAAUGUUCAGGAUCAACAACAAUUACGUUUUAUAUUACACCUGUGCAUUAAUUAUUUUGAUCUUUCAAAGAUUACACGAGCCAACACGCAUAUACAACACACUAUUAACACCGAUGAUAGUCAUCCGAUUAGCUCACGACCGUACCCAAGAACAAUCAAACAACGACGUGAACUCCAAGAUGAAAUUCAAUUGAUGCUACAAACUAAUCAAAUUCGUCCAUCCAAUUCGCCAUGGUCAUCUCCAGUUAUUAUUCACAAAAAGAAGGAUGGUGGUAUUUGA